AUGUGUGAAGGUGAUGGCAAGAAUGAUAUAAUGCAAGCACAUGUUUUGGGGCACAAGAUGACAGAAUAUACUGAAGAAGAAAAAGACAUGGUUGGAGAAAACAGGAGCAAUGUGAGUGUGCAAAGCAGAUGUGAUGUCAGAGCGAGUGCGUUGACGGCGCGUGAUAUAGAGCUCGAACAGCGCAGAAUAGCAGAAAGACGUGGACCCAACGUUACCCAACAAACCGAACCUGUUUCCGGUUGUUGUCCCGAUGAUGCAAAUAUUAAUAUUUUUGGGUGUGUUGACCGAUGCUUGCAUGCGCGUGCGGUGUCCCAUUUGUCUCAUUCGCCUUAUCCUACGCACCCAUUUGUCUCCAUGCGCGCCUCAUCACCAUAA